UAUGUUACCAUAAACAACACACCCUGAAUCACACAAAUACUCUAUAGCUUGGCAGCAAAAGAAGAAAGAUGGUUGGGCAAGUUUCACAUGAGGUGGAGGUAAACGUGUCAGCUAGUGAAGCUUGGGAGCUCUAUGGGACACUUCAGUUUUCAAAAUUGGUUGAAGAAGUGCUUUCGAAUUUCAUUGAGAAAAUUGAAGUCAUUGAAGGUGAUGGAGGAGUUGGUACUAUUAUCAAGCUAACAUUUGCACCAGGCACUGGGUUUACCGGAUGCAAAGAGAAGUUCACAAAAGUAGACAAUGAGAGUCGUGUGAAAGAAACAGAAGUGAUUGAAGGAGGAUUUCUUGAGCUGGGAUUUACUCUGUAUCGUGAUCGCUUUGAAGUAAUCGAGAAGGGCAACGAUUCAUGCAUAAUAAGAAGCACAAUUGAGUAUGAGCUCAAGGAAGAUGCUGCUGCCAAUGCCUCGCUUGUCAGUAUUGAGCCAUUGGCAAACGUUGCUGAACUUGCCAAAAAUCAUCUCCUAAAGAACAAGACUGCUAAAGAUGAAAAGUAAAUCUCAAAUUUGUAAUCUUAUCAGUGAAAUACCAACUUCGAUCCUUGUUCUGAAAUAAAAUGAUAACAGAUUUGGAGAUGUUGAUUGUACCUGAGUUUUGCAAUAAAUUAAAAAUUGAAAAUAUAAGAGAAACCUAUAAAUAUGCAA